GAAUUUAUUCGCAAUGUUUACAAAAUGAAGUAAGAAACUAGAGUCUACAUGCUUCAAGAAAAUGAAUGAAGAAAAACAAACCAUUCGAAGCAGAACAAAGAAAUCUGAAAGCCGCAGAUCCUCUAUCCUAAAAAGACUGGACACUUGCACUAUAGAGAAUUUUGAAGGGCAAAAUGAAGGUCCAAGAACACCUAAAAGGGUUAGUUUUGCCCCAACAUUUACCCUGAGAGAGUUUCAAGUGAGUGUAAGUGAUGAAAGCUGCAGCACAAAUGGAAGCCAACAUGAUCCUUCUUUGCAUCCAUCUAAUCUGGAUCUGGAUGAAGUUUUUCACAGUUCUAAUGCACAGAUUGGUCAACCAUCAACUUCAGUUGCUGUUGUACAAUCUAUUGCCUCAGAAAAUCAUGUUAACUUAUUGAUAAAGGAAAAAGAAAUUAUUCUACAAAAGUGUGAAGUAAACAAAGAAGACUGGAAAUCAAGAGCUGGAGACGAAAAUAAAACUAUAAUGUUCACCGAUAUGGAUGAUUCUGCUUGCAUGGAUUUAACAACAAACAUUUCCCAGUUAUCUCAGUCUCUCUUACAGUGUGAAACUGGAUUGGGAAAUGAUCUGGAUAGAGAGAAAUAUAAACCAGGAUUCAGUAGAAGGUCUUCUUUUUCCGAAGAGAGUGCAGAUGAGAAGUUGGGAGACACAUCAAUUUUCAAACCAAAGGUCAGGCUGUUUGAUGACCUUUUUAAACUGGCAAAAAAGCCUGAGCACGCUACAGUGGUGUCUACAGAGGAGACUAUUUAUGAUCUGGAUACUAUGAAUAUUACAUGUGACCUUACUAUUGGCUCUCAGAGAGCAGCAUUAAAUGAUAUCACAAGUUGUAAAAUUAUGACACCUAUUGAAGAAAUGUCUUUAGCAUCUGUUAAUGUGUCUCUUGGUGAUAAUAUUAGAGUCCCUGGAGCACUGCCAUCUUUUAGCAAAAUGUCUACUUUUGGCCAGAUUAACUCCAAAAUUGAUAAGUUGCAGUUGGAAAACAUUGAUUUUAUUGCAGACAAAGAAAAUAUACAAUUGUGUGAAAAAGAAAACUAUCCAUUUAUACAUAAUGUUCCCAAAGCAAGUUUGGAAAUACCAUAUGUGGAUGGAUAUUUAGCGCCUAAAAAUACUGCAUUUCAACAUUUUUCCAAACCAGAUAUUGACUUUGAUGAGUGUAAUAACAAAGAUUUAAUUCAACAUCAGACAAAAUCCAGUAUGCCUGAAUACCACCCUGCAGAAAUGUCAACAAAUGCUGUUCAUUUAACAACCAGCAAGGGAAUACAGCCAAUUACACAUCACAAAAACUUUGGACAUUAUCCUUUAGACAACAAUGAGAAACAGUCUAUAAACACAGAAAGGGAAUUCUAUACUCAUAAUUUACAUGGGGAAUCUACAGCUCAUUUUGAUGAUAGUGAAGAAAUGGAGUUAGCCACCACUUACACGAAAACUAUUCACAUUGGACCAGAAACACAGUCUAAUUUUACUGGUGUUCAGAGGUUUUCUGAAGAAAAGACAACACAUUUUAAUAGCUGUGAAAUGGAAAUAACAAAAUUUCACACAAUAGGACACAUUGAAAUAGGCAACAGGGAUGAAAAACCUGAGUCAAAAUAUUUCAAAAUGCUUCCAGCAUUGCCAUCCUUUAGCAAGAUCUCGGAAUUGAGUAAGUUGAGCUCAACAAAUGAAAAUUUGCCAGUGGGAAAUACUGCCAUCAGUACAGGCAAAGAGGACAUCCAAAUGUGUGAAAAAGAAAACUAUCCUUUUAUUCCAGAUAUAAAAGCUAAAUUUGAGAAACAACAUGCAGAUACACUAGUAACAUUACAAAAUAACACUGCAUUUAAACAUUACACUAAACCAGAGCUUAGCUUUGAUGGCUCUACUAAAAAGUUAUUUCAGCAUCAAAUAAAAGCCAGUGUGCCUGCAGAAAUGUCAACAAAUGCUGUUGUUCAUUUAGCAACCAGUAAGGGAAUACAGCCAACUACACUUUCCAAAAGCUUUGGACAAUAUCCUUUAGACAAAUGUGAGAAACAUUCUAUAAAUACAGAAAGGGAAUUUCAUACUCGAAAUUUACAUGGGGGAUCUACAGCUCAUUUUGAUGAUAGUGAAGAAAUGGAGUUAGCCACCACUUACACAAAAACUAUUCACAUUGGACCAGAAACACAGUCUGGUGCUACUGGUGCUCAGAGGUAUUCUGAAGAAAAGACAACACAUUUUAAUAGCUGUGAAAUGGAAAUGACAACAUUUCACACAAUUGGAAAUGUUGAAAUAGGCAGCAUUGAUAAAAAACCAGAGGCAAAAUAUUUCAAAAUGCUUCCAGCAUUGCCAUUGAGCUCAACAAAUGAAAAUUUGACUGUGGGAAAUACUUCCAUUAGUACAGACAAAGAAAACGUUGAAAUGUGUGGAAAAGAAAAUUAUUUGUAUAUUCAAAAUGUUAAUAAAUCUAAAUUUGAGGGUCAAAAUGCAGAUGAAAUUUUAGUAUUUCAAAAUAACAGUGCAGUUAAACAUAACACUAAACCAGAUAUGGAAUUAGAUAGCUGUAAUAAAACAGAGUUUAUUCAGCAUCCGACAGAAAGUGUGCCUGAAUAUCACUCUGCUGCUAAUCAUACAAACAAUGAAGAAAUGGAACUAGCUACAACAUACACAAAGACUAUUCACAUUGGACCAGAAACACAGUCUGAUUCUACUGGUGUUCAAAGAUGUGAAGAGAGGACAACCUUUAAAAGCUGUGACAUGGAAAUAACACAAUUUAACACAAAUGGGUAUGAGGAAAGCUGCAAUAUGUUUAGAAAGACAGAAGUAGAACAUAUUAACAUAGUUAACAGAGAUAUUGGAAAUGUGUCCUCUCAAACUCCUGUAGACCAAGAUGAAAACCAUCAAACAACUUGCAAUGAAAUAAACAAUCAGACAAUGAAAACAGACAUUGAUUCCUCUAUUGUUUAUACAAACUCAAGAAAACUGCCUGGAGCAGAUCAUUUUGAAUCUAGUGAUACACCUGAAAUUUCUAGCUCUUUACAUCAGUUGAAAUCAUUAAAAAGAAGUUCUCCUCACGGUCUAGAUGAUAAUCAAGACACUAAGCGGUGGAAAACUACCUGUGUAAAUGCUGAAGAUACAGAUGGUAAAAACCUAAGCAUUAACGACAGUCUUCCAUUGAAAGAUCCAUGUGCUUACAAGGAGAAAAACAAUUCAAUAUUAACUUCCAGUGAAUACACUAGGACUUCGGAUAAACAACAUGAAGAGUUCAAAAAGUCAUUGAUUAAAGAUAUGAGACUUUCAUUGACACUCUCAAGGCGUUCUUUUUCUUUAGAUGGAAGAAGUAAAACUAGUUUCAUUCAUAGUUCUUUAAAUACAUCAAGUGAGCCAAGAAAGCUUACUAAGAAAGACAAUUGUAGUUUUAACAAAAACACGGAAGCUUCAGUGGAUGAUGAAUAUUUGCCACCAACCACUAUGUUUAACUUAAGUACAUUUAGCAAAGAUGUCUCAAAAAUAGGAGAAAGCUCAAGCAUCUCUCAAAAAGAUCAUCAGCUUAGCAUGGUGAUUCCCCAGCUUUCUAGUUCUCGGGUGGCAAUAGAAAAUGAUCUUUCCUUCAUGUCAUCAAAUGAAUUAGAUUCACUAGAAGAUAGUUAUUUUGAGCCAACAGAAUGGAUCAACAAUCAAAAGAUGCCAAUUUUUGCAGAUGAUGAUAUUGAUGUUGAGCUGGAUGCUGUUGAACAAGAUAUAAAAUCCGUUAUGGAAAAACCGUCAAAAAUCUCUGAGAUUCAUCAUGAACUUGGCAUUGAUGUUCUUAAAACCAAGAAAAUCAAGGAGGUCUCAGUGCAGGAUGUGCCAUUGUCUACACAGUAUGAAAGGUUGCUUGCUAAACUGACUGUAAUUACAAAAAUUGAAUCAUUAAAAAAACUGGUCAAAGACGUUGAGUCAAAAAUCAAUAAGACAAAUCAGGAUUUUCAAACAAAAGUAUUACAGUUUGCUAACAAUCCACCUAAAUCUUGGGUUGAUGUAAUGAAGGCCAUUAAAAGUGAAGAAAAUAGCUUAUAUAAAAAUAAAGCACAGGAAAUGUUUGAAGCUUGUAGAACUUCUGCAAAAGCAAGAUGGAAAGAGCACAAAACUGACAGUCUUUUGUCAUUUUGUACUGUUGCUCAGAGGGCACAUGAUGACUUAAAAGCAGAGAUUACAGAUGUUAUAUCUGAAACUGAGAGAGUUGUGAACCUUACAGAUGAACUUGAUAAAUGGCUGCUGAUUGGAGAUCUAAAGGAAAAGGAGAAUGAGACAAAUACUUUAAAAAACAAUUGUGACCAAGCUGAAGAAAAACUGACAGUCAUAGAAAACGAAAGUACAAAGUCUUUAAAAAGAAUAGCUGAGUGUAAAAGUGAGACUGAAAACGUCAAAGCAAGACUAGCCUUGACAUUAAGUUUGACUGAAUGGGCUAUUCUUGAAGAAAAUGAAAAUGAGAUGAAAUUUUCUUUCUUUUUUCAUUCCAUUAUUUUAAAAAUAACAUUUAACAGUUCAAAGGAAAAAAUAAUAAAAAUCUCAUUAGGAUCAACAUUGUCAGAUAAAAGCAAGCCAUGUGCUAAGCUGGCACAUUCACUGGCAAUGUCUAGUAUAGAUUGUGAAAAGUUACUCAGCAAUUAUUCAGACUAUAAUCAAAUGGUUCAGCUUCUUGAUAAUGUUUCAAAAACAGUUUGUACGUAUCGCCAGCUAGUCAGUGAAUUACGGCUGGCUAACAUAAAGCAUGAUCUUUCCAUCUGUGAAAACAGGUUAACUUAUGUAAUAUCAAGCAGAAGAACCAGACAAAGAGUCAAGCUGGAGACAGUAAUUUGCCCUAAAGUAUACCCUAAUACAUUAAUGUGGCAGGCUACUGUAUUGAUCGGAAACUUAAAGACUGAAGAAGUUACUCAAGCACUUGAUCAUGUACAAGGUGGCCACCAAUACAUAACACGAGCAUUAGCAGAGGUUGAAAACUUGAUUAAUCAAAGAUGAAAAAAUGUGAACUAGCUUGCCCUAUGUUUUCAAAAUUCUUGUUGACUUAUUUAUCAUAAUGUAAUUUAAAAGUUGAUUCGCUGAUGAACUCUUCAGAACUUCGUGCUGUAUAUUAAUUUAAUAUUUAAAUUAAAUGUGUACAUGUGUAGAUAAUGAUUUCAAUUGUUUGUUGUUUAUUUUGACAGCUGGAAUGCAAAUAUAUGAUUUAUGUUUUAAAACAUACUUGUUAUUCAUUAGUUUAAUACAACCAUGUAACACAAUUUUGUUUGCCUUAAUGGAUGUUAUGAAUCAAAUGUAGAAUAAAGAUAAUGUUUAUUAACAAAUCUAUGAACAACAAUAUAAUUAAGUUUAUGAAA